AUGACGAACAAGACGCUCAUAUUGAAGAAGAUCCCGACCGGUGUGCCAGUCGCAGGCGAGCAUCUAGUCGUCGAAGACCGCAGCUUCGAUGCCUCUGCGCCGGCACCCGCCGGCGGUGUAACGCUGGCGAUCUUGUACGCCUCGUUCGAUCCGUACCUACGCGGCAAGAUGCGCGACCCCACCAUCAAGUCGUACUCGCCCCCCUUCCUCGUCGGCGAGCCCAUCAGCAACAGCACAGUGGCUCGCGUGCUCAAGUCGGAUACGCCAGACUACACCCCCGGCGACCUGGUCCUCGCAUUCCUGCCCAUCGCCGAGUACGCGACGCUCAACGCCGAGUCGCUGCGUGCCAUCAGCACCAAGCUCAACAACCCUCACGGCCUCAAGGACCUUGGACUGUUCCUCGGCCCGCUCGGCAUGCCGGGGCUGACGGCGUGGUCGUCGUUCUACGAAAUCGGCCGCCCAAAGGCCGGCGAGACAAUCUUUGUCAGCAGCGCUGCGGGCGCCGUCGGCCAGGUCGUCGGCCAGAUCGCUAAGCGCGAGGGCCUGCGCGUCAUCGGCAGCGUCGGCAGCGACGAGAAGGUCAAGCUGGUCACGGAGCUCGGCUUCGACGGCGCCUUCAACUACAAGACAGAAAAGCCGAUUGACGCGCUGGCCCGGCUCGCGCCCGAGGGCAUCGACAUCUACUACGACAACGUCGGCGGCGAGCAGCUCGAGGCGGCGCUGGAGAAGCUGAACUUCUUCGGCCGCAUCGUCGAGUGCGGCCAGAUCGCCGGCUACAACACGCCCGUCGACCAGCGCUACCCGAUCCGCAACCUGUUCCACGUCGUCUCCAAGCGCCUCACCAUGCGCGGUUUUAUUGUGAGCGACCCCGGCAUGGGCCCUGUCUAUGCCAAGGACCACCAAGAGAAGCUGGGCCAGUGGCUCGCCGACGGCUCCGUCAAGGCCCAGCUCAGUGUCACCGAGGGCAUCGACAACGCCGCCGACGGCCUGAUCGGCAUGCUCCAGGGCAAGAACUUUGGCAAGGCUCUGGUCAAGAUUGCGAACGAGUAA